UGUGUAUGUCCGAACAGAAUAUGAAGAAAAGAUAUCAUGUAACUCUAUAUUACCCCCAACAGGUUUGCGGCAUUACACCUCAAGUUAUCAUCGAUCAAUACCACGUUAUGGCUGAAGGUAACAAGCUACCAACACAGGAGACGGGCUAUCCGGAUCCUUAUCAACACCUGCGACAACGAUUCCCCGCCGAUCUCGUGGAUGAAUGGAUACAACAACAAGUAUCAGGUGAAAAGUUACCUAUACAGGAGACAGGUUAUCCAGAUCCUUAUCAACACCUGCGUCAAAUGUUCCCCGCCGAUCUUGUAGAUGAAUGGAUACAACAAGUACCAGGACGUGAUGCGUUACCUCGGCUGAGCAGGACAGUGACCCCUUCAUCAUAAGUAGAAACAAUCGGAUCAUGACGUCUUCUGGUGAUUCUUUUUAAUGACAAAACACUCAAAAUUGUAUUUAAAAUUCAAUACAUAAAUUUACAAGGAAGAAGUGUGAUAAAGAAAAUGUCGUCUACAGUGACCAAUCAUAACAUCAGUACAGUAACCAUGGGGACGACGACGAUGGGCCAUCAUUAUAAUAACUGUCUAACCUAAACAAUUACACGUUCAGUAACGAAUAAUUUAUCAUAGUGUAAAUCUCUAGUAAAUCUAAGAAAGGUUAGAUUUAGAUAAAAUCAUUUCACUGACUCACUGUUUGUAAUAUGUAUAAAAGCUGCAAAAGGAAAAGAUGCAGUAGUGCCUGCAGCGUUAUAUGUAUUAACUUCGGCGUUGCAAUAUUAUCAUUUGUGAUAUGUAAAUGUGGAAUAAUGUAUAUUUAAAUUAUUUUUAACUAGAAAACCAACCAAACCAUCGUACCGGUGUUGUUUCCUCUGUAAAGUUUUCUGUUGAUAAAAUCAUGAAUUAUUCGUCUCAACGUUUUUUGGGAUUGGGGGGUGGGGCAUAUCGUUUACUUAUAGUAAAUGCAAAGUUAUUAUUUGAUUUUGCACAUUACUUCCCCCUUGAUGAUGAGAAAUUUCAUAGGAUUUGGAAUUUGCGUAAAGUCUCAGAGAGUGACAAAAUGGACACUCCGCUGUCUACCUUGGUUAGAUAAAAGGUUUUCCAAACUGUUUUCCUUUUGAUCCUUUGCUCCUUUAAUGAUACAGUAUGUUGAUAUCAAAGACGUCCAAAUGCUUCUAAAUGAUGUGUUGUCUAUUUUAAACUAAUCCUUUAGAAAUGUAGAUUUGCUUUCUAUGAUAUGGUCAAUUGAACGAAGACAUGCCAUCUAGCUAUUUUGGUACGGUAUGAAAUAUUUUGUGAUUGUUUUAAAAGCAAAUUGAAUAACUACUUUCAAAUAAUAUUCAUAAUGUUUGAGAGUAAUGUUUCAUUCUCCAGAAACGUAGUGGAAGAAGACAACCAAAUAUUUAUUUGUUCAAAUGUGUUGCAUAUAUUUCAGCAUUAGAUGAUCUUGUUAUGCAUGUUUUUAACGUCACGAAUAUCAUUAUUUGCUUUGUUUUAU